ACAAGAGUAUCUGGCGUUCCAGACGAAUCCGAUUCCGGUUUCUUAGAUACGGUGUCUUCAUUAUUGAUUCACCUCCAGGAGUAUGUGUUAAAUUUAUGUCGCUCAAGGUUUCAUUAAUACUUAGUUACUUCUUGGUAUCUAAUAUUUCGGCAUUUGAGCUGAUUUCAGGACAUCGAUUCAUGAGAGCUAAUGAUAUGUUGACAAUCUAAAGCGAAAGAAGAGAAAAGAAAACUGUAUCUAAUGACAUUGUGUUUUUGGCAGUGCGAAUCUGUCGAUGUCUGAUAUAAUUUCUCAGAACUAAAGUGAGAUAAUUUAGGUGGUUUCUAAUCGAAAGAGAGAGAAAAAAAGGGAUUUAUUUUGGAACCUGAGCACCAACAUGUGCGAUAGUAUUUAUCGAAGUGUCCAACAAUCGUAUUUUGAGCAAAAGUAAUUUAAGAGAACAUUAUCUAUGGCAUUCUACGUUUUUGUCAAUCUUCCUUGACUCGAUAUUGUUCAUCGGCCAAUGUGAAAUUUCAGACAUAGUGAGAGCCUUAAACUUGUAUCCACCAAUUGUAAAAUAUGGUUCUAUUGUUUACUCAAAUUGAAUUGAUUGUUCCUCGGCAACUUAAGGAUAUUAGUUAAAAGAAUUCUAGCCUAAAUUUCUUUUUCAAAGCUAAAAGAAGGAGAGAAUGAUGCUGUAACAUUUAUAACCUCUUCACCGUUUGACGAAUUGGAAAUAUAGGAGGAGAAUGUAUCCUUAAUUUGCUACUUACAAAAGAUAACAGUGAUAGCAGCGUUGUUGGUGAACAGUUAUAGUUUUAUCUGAAUCUGAAUCUCGAUCUCAAACAUUGAGAAAUUAGUGAUUAAGCAAACAUCUACUGUCGUUAUUGUGUUCACAUUGGACGUUUGUUUUUGUAUGAAUGACUUUUUCAAUUGCUGUUUUAUAAAAUAUAUCGCAUAGGCCCUAUCUAGUGGCAUUUAUGUAAUAACCCACACAUUACGGAAUUUGUGAACUAUGUCAGUAGAUGAUUUGAGGAUGUACUGUGUUAUCAACGACAUGUGAGCACGAACACUAUAACAAAUCAUCCUGUCUUGAACAAAAAACAAAUGAAAGAAAUUGUGGAAAGCGUAUGUCGCAAGACGGAACAAGUUAACAAGAAGUAUUAGAUGGGCGAAUAUUGGCAGUUUUAGUUAUGUUAAACAUCACCAAUUCAGCGAAAUGCUGUUAAUAAAAUAGUAAUAUUAAACUUUCUUGCUACAAGUAAUUAUCUUUCUAACCUAUCCCAAGAGUAUCCUUUCCUGAGUUUAUUCUUAUUUCGAAAUGCGUGAGUAGAACGAUGUUUAAAGAGUAUUCUGACGUUUCUGGAAUGGCCAAAUCAUAUCGCUUUGAUAACUCUUUACUCCUGAGGCGGCAGGAUUCUAGUAUCAUCUCUAAAGCAUAUUCGACUUUGAAAUCGCACAAAAAACCCUUGGCAUUGCCAGGAAUACCACGAUCUUCUCGUCAUAUAAGCUACUAUGAUUAUCUGCCUCAUCGGAAAGUUUGGUCUGAGAAAGAUCAACGAGAGAAAGACCGUUCUAGACGAAUGUUUAGGAAAGAAGUUCAGAAGGAGUUGGAGCGCCAACUAGCAAAUGAAGAGGCGAGAGACAGAGAUAUGUUUCCUAAAGAAGACGAGGUAGAUACAGCUACUGACGAUGGUGAAUCUUACUUGGAACAAUACUUUCCAAGUAUUCGAAACACGAGAAGAACAAGUGCGCAAAGUAGUGCUAGCACUGGAAAUGGCCGCCGUUUAAGUAUCCAGAGCUUACAUGCAUUCUUUCCGGAGAUUGACAAUUAUGAUUUUGCGCCACUUGCAAAUCGACCAAGUGUUGAAAAAGAUUUGAAUACAGCUGUAAAUUUUGUCAAUUCUGAAGACCCGCAAGGUGAUGACGGUUUACUCAGUGACAAUUCGAAGAUCGGAACAAAACCAGGCGAUAGUGCAGGCCUACAUUUACCGAGGAAUGAAAAACGGGUCUCGUUUGCCUUGACAGAUAAAACAAUGAAGUUAUCCACCACACAACGGAGAGACUCUGAAAACCCACAUGAAGAAGAGUUGACAGAGAUGCAUAGAAUUAAAAAACCCAAUAAUACUUCUAACAGUAGUAAACAUGACUCAAGAUUAAAUUUGUUACAUGGUUCUAUUGAAGAGACCAUGGAAGCUAGUCGUCAGUUAAACGAAUCUAGAAUUCGUCAACGAAGAAAUAAGUCAAAAUCUGCUGUAACUCUUAAACGGGAAAUAAAUUAUUUUCCAAAAAGGGCUAACUCUGCAUAUGUACAAGGGAUAAAUCCUGUGUAUACAUCAUCGGCAAAUGAGUUUGCACAAUCAAUUAGCUACGCAUCAUCCCAAGCACACAAUGUUGUGAUUACAGCACCUCAUAUUAAUACAAUGGGCGUUAAAAGACGUUGAUGGAUUUUAGAAAAUGUAUAUUAUGUAUGCUUAACCAUUUUAUUUAACAAGUGUAGAACCAUUUAAUACUGAAUGUUUUACUAGGGUAGAACGUUGAUGACAGGGAAGUUCUGUUGCUAUAAAUCCACGGAAGUUUCUUUCUUCAGCUUGAGAAAUGUGAUGGUGUAGAACUGUAAUUUGUUGCUACUCACGAAUAAUAAUUAAAAAGGAACGACAAAUCUUACCAUAAUUAGCGUUUCAAUUUUGAUUAAAUGAAGACAGUGCAAGUA